CAGAGGAAGAAGAAGUUUUUUUUGUUUGUUUUUUGUCGUCCGCCGUCUGUCAUUGUAAGAUUGUGACAGGUACAACGAAAUUUUGUUUGCAGCCGAGGGUUUAAUCCAGUGUAGUUGAGACAUGGAAGAGCUAACAAUUCCUGUACUAGAGCAACACAAAUUCAAUAUUAGCAGACUUAAAAGAUAUAUGUCUGCGAAGUCACUGCUGUCAAAUAACGACGCGCUCAGUGUGAGACAGUACAGUGCUGGUCAGUCAAACCCAACCUUCCUGGUCCAGACACCCUCAAACAGCUAUGUUCUCAGAAAGAAACCUCCUGGUGAGCUCUUGCCAGGGGCUCACAAGGUGGGCAGGGAGUUUUGGGUCCAGCAGGCAUUGUUCUCUGCUGGUUUCCCCGUGCCUCAGCCUCUCUUGCACAACACUGACAUUGAAGUUGUUGGCACAGAGUUCUACUUGAUGCAGCAUGUAAAGGGGCGCAUAUUCAGAGAUCUUCAUCUUCCUGGCGUGAGUCCAGCAGAGAGAUCAGCUCUAUAUGUGGCUGCAGUGGAAGUGUUGGCAAAGCUACACUCACUGGAUCUGGCGUCACUGAAUCUUGAAGGAUAUGGGAAAGGACCAGGCUACUGCAAGAGACAGGUUACCACCUGGACAAAGCAGUAUAACGCAGCAGCCCACAGAGAUAUUCCAGUCAUGAAUGAACUGUCUGAUUGGUUGAUGAAGAAUUUGCCAGCCAAUGAUAAUGAAGUUACGCUUGUCCAUGGAGAUUUUCGACUAGACAACUUGAUAUUCCAUCCAGCUGAGGCACGUGUCAUAGCAGUGUUGGACUGGGAGCUUUCCACCACUGGGCAGCCCUUGGCAGACCUGGCCUACUUCCUUAUGCCUCACUACUGGCCCACAACCCUCAGCAUUACCAGUGCAAUGGGCAGCUUAAAAGGAAUAGAAGGUAUCCCACCUGUGGAUGAUCUGAUCUCCAUUUACUGUAGAUGUCGGGGGAUCCCAUCUGCUUUGCCCCAGCUGAAUUUCUACUUGGGCCUUUCUUUCUUUAAAAUGGCCGGAAUUGCUCAGGGAAUCUAUGCUCGCCACCUACUGGGUAAUGCCAGUGCACCCAAUGCAGCUCAGUUCAGCCAGUGUGUGGAGCCCUUGGCUAAGGUUGCCUUGCAUCUUGCACAAAGUUCUCUCACAGGUCCAAAGGAAGACACACUGUUCCUCCAGACAGCUAAAGGUCAGGCUGUUCUCCAGGAGGUCAAAGGCUUUAUGCAACAAUACAUACUUCCUGCUCAGGAGGAAGUUGCUGAGUACUACUCCAGACAUGCUCAAUCUCCACAAAGGUGGCACACCCCACAAAUAAUAGAGGAGCUAAAGGUGAAAGCCAGGGAGGCAGGGCUGUGGAACCUGUUCCUGCCUGCGGUCAGUGGUCUCACUCAGUUGGACUAUGCCUAUAUUGCAGAGGAAACUGGUCGCUGCUUUUAUGCCCCUGAAGUCUUCAACUGCCAGGCUCCUGAUACAGGAAAUAUGGAGGUGCUUCACAUGUUUGGCAGCGAGGAACAGAAGAGGAAAUGGCUGGAGCCUCUACUUAGAGGAGAGAUACGUUCCUGCUUCUGCAUGACAGAGCCCGAUGUGGCCUCUAGUGAUGCAACCAACAUGGAGUGCACUCUUCAUAGGGAUGGAGACAACUACAUCAUAAAUGGCAAGAAAUGGUGGAGCAGUGGUGCAGGCAAUCCCAAAUGCAACGUGGCCAUCGUGAUGUGUAGGAGCAGUCCUAAGGAUGUUAGCAGCAGGCAUGGCCAUCACAGUAUGAUCCUCGUACCUAUGGACACACCAGGCGUAAAGCGCAUCAGACCACUUACCGUGUUUGGACAGGAUGAUGCUAUCCAUGGUGGCCACUUUGAAGUCCACUUUGAAAACGUGCAUGUUCCUGUUUCCAACAUUAUUCUGGGAGAGGGCAAGGGAUUUGAGAUUGCCCAGGGCCGUCUGGGGCCAGGCAGGUUACACCACUGUAUGAGGGCUGUUGGCGUGGCAGAGCUGGCACUGGAGAUGCUCUGCCAGCGGGCUGCUACCAGGAGCACGUUUGGAAAGAAACUGUACCAACAUGAAGUUGUUGCUCACCAGAUAGCAGAGUGCCGUGUGAUGAUAGAACAGACCCGCCUGCUGACUCUACAUGCUGCUCAUGCACUGGAUACAGUGGGCAGCCGGGCUGCUCGCAAGCAGAUAUCUAUGAUAAAGGUGGCAGCAGCUAGGAUGGCCUGUAAGGUGGUGGACUGUGCAAUACAGGUAUAUGGAGGUGCAGGUGUGUCCGGGGACUUCCCACUAGCACAGAUGUAUUCAUACGUUCGGACCCUGCGCAUUGCUGAUGGACCAGAUGAAGUGCACCUCACCUCCAUUGCUCAUCUAGAACUGAGGGAUCAACUAAAGAAGGCUACGGCCAAACUGUGAAGCAGCACCACUUCCACUAAAUUACAUACACUACUACAGUGCCUUGCUCAGAGUGUCUGCUGGCAGGGAAGCUGAUUUUAAUUUCUCUGUUGUGAAUUUAAUUUUGCUACCAAAUUACUGUUGAGACUGAUUUAGAAUUGUGUGGAUUCUGAGUCAAUAUAUUGGGUAACUUGGUGGUUAACACUACUGACUGUAGUACAGCAGGACGGGGUUCGAUUAGGGGGUAGGUAGAGAGGAGUUAGAGAAGAUGGGAGAUCCCCUGCUUUUUUUAAAUGCGUUUUAAAACACUUUUUAAAAAGGUGUUAAACACUUUUAAAACACAAAACAUUUAAAAAAAAAAAAAGAGGAUCUCCUAUCUUGUAUUGGUAGGCGGAUGUGUGCAUGUAUGUGGCUGUAACUAUGGACGUGUGUAAAUAUGUUAAAAGAAUCAAUAAAGAAUGAACUUUCCAA